AUGGGAAAGAUGGAGAGGGAGCUGCAAUGGUGGAAAGGCCAGCUAGCUGCAGAUAUCCACCAGUCCCUCCGCAUCAAGGAGCUGAAGCUGCCGGUGUACCGGGCUCACUCGCCGCAGAUUGGCAUGCGACGGUACUUCGCGGACUUGCUGGCCAUCCUCAGUAAUCGGUAUCAGCUAUGUCCUACAGCACGCCACCUGGCCGUCUACCUGCUGGACUUGUUCAUGGACCACUAUGAUGUGGCUGUCAAGCAGCUCUAUGUGAUCGCCCUCUCCUGUCUGCUCCUAGCCAGUAAAUUUGAGGAGAAAGAGGACCGGGUUCCCAAACUGGAGCAGCUGAACUCUCUGGGUUUCAUGUGCAGCCUGAACCUGGUUCUUAACAAGAAGGAUCUGAUCAAGAUGGAGCUCCUGCUGCUGGAGACCUUUGGCUGGAAUCUGUGCAUGCCCACACCCGCCCACUUUAUUGACUACUACCUCCAUGCCUCUGUGCAGGAGGGCGACCUGUACAACGGCUGGCCCCUAUCCUCCCUCUCCAAAACCAAGGCUUUCAUGGACAAAUACACUCAUUACUUUCUGGAAGUCUCACUGCAAGAUCACGCCUUCCUGAGUUUCCGACCAUCUCAGGUCGCUUCUGCGUGUGUGGCAGCCUCUCGCAUUUGUCUGCAGAUUUCCCCAAGCUGGACGACAGCUCUGCAUCUGCUAACAGGCUACACCUGGGACCACCUCACCCAGUGCAUUGAACUUAUGCUGCUUGCUCAUGACAACGACGUAAAGGAGGCCAACAAAACCAAAUCCACUCCUCCUCACCGUCCCUCCUCCCUGCAGACUCAGCCCCAGAUCUCUCACCUCUCUCCAGUGUCAGCCAUCCAGAGACCGACCUCCUCCUCGUCCUCCACCUCUUCCACACCACAGCUGCUCUUUCAACCUGAUGGCUUCCCGCACCUCUCCCAGCAUUCCCCGUCCCUAUCCCAUCUGCAAGCGCUCGCUGACUCUCAGGCUCUGGGGCCCAUCGGGACCAUGUCUCAGGAUUUCCUUCAGACCCACAGGAUGGGUUUGUUAUCUGGGGUUCCCUCCCUGACUCCUGGGAGUGGGUUCGCCUCUUACCCAAGCCUGACCGCAGGUCUUCAGCCGGUAACACGUGCUCUGCCGCUCCAGGCCCCGAUUUCUGUACAGAUGGCUCUAGCAGGUGAGCCACGGCACUGUCUGAGUAUGGCCUACAGCGGGGGCUACCUGGGGGCUCAUCACACCUUUGCAGCCGGCUGCUUUGACAGGUGACGCCAGGAGACGGAGAGAGAUCGCAAACCG